UAAAUUUCAAAAACAGAAAAGCAUACCCACGUGAACCAAACCCCGCUCCGAAGCCAUUCUCCUGAACGGGCUCUCUCCCUCUCCCUCUGAAAAUACCAACCUCAAUCUCCACAGGCGAGCUCCCGUCGUUUCAUUCGCCGGACUCGUUCCCGCGGCCGACGUUUCGCUAAUGGACGACGACUUCUCGAAGGGCGUCGAGGACGGCCUGAAGCUGUCGAAGCGGAUAUACUUCGGGAAGGACAGGUCGGUGUCACCGCCGAAGCGGCGGACGAUGGAGAAAUCGUCGGAGUCGUAUCUGCCGGCCGCGCCAAUGGUAUAUGCGGUGGUAUUCGAUCCGGCGAUAGUCGACAACCCGGACAUUCCGAGCUACCAGCCUCACGUGCACGGGCGGUGCGAUCCGCCUGCUCUGAUUCCGCUCCAGAUGAACGAGAUUGCUUUGGAAGUGGAUUGUUAUUUGGACACGGCGUUUGUGAGGAUGACUGGUUCCUGGCGAGUCCAUUGCGUGAUGGGAAGCCGGGAGUGCGAUUGUCGCAUUGCAAUUCCUAUGGGCGAGCAGGUGUGUUCGUCAAAAAAAGUUGAAAUUUUCGGGUGUUGAGGUUGACAUUCCUAGAAAAUCAUAUUCUACUCAACUGAUCGCCAUGGAAGACAAAGAAAAUAUUGAAAAGGUGGCCCAACUGGAAAAUGGAGGCUUUCUAAAAUGUCAUGUUUUUACUUUAACUAUACCGCAGGUUGACGGGGGUUCCAAUCUUUCAAUUAAAGCUAGUUGGUCUCAAAAACUAUUAUAUUGCAAUCAGCAGUUCUCUCUAGAAAUACCAUUUAGUUUCCCUGAGUAUGUCACCCCAGCUGGAAAGAGAAUUUCCAAAAAAGAGAAGAUCCAGUUGAAUGUAAAUUCUGGUAUUGGAACAGAAGUUUUGUGCAGAGCAACUAGUCAUCCUCUGAAGGAAAUCAAACGCCAAGCAGGAAAAUUAGGUUAUUUGUAUGAAUCGGAAGUUCUUACAUGGUCCAGUACAGACUUCACUUUCUCAUAUAAUGUAUCAUCAAGUCAUAUAUUUGGUGGUGUCCUCUUGCAGUCACCAUCCAUGCAUGAUUUUGAUCAAAGAGAGAUAUUUUGCUUGUAUCUUUUUCCAGGAAAUCAGCGAGAUAUAAAGGUUUUCAGGAAGGAAGUAGUAUUUAUUGUUGAUAUUAGUGAAAGCAUGCGGGGCAGGCCCCUUGAGGAUGCAAAGAGUGCACUUUCUACAGCCCUCUCUAAACUUGAUCCAAAAGAUUCAUUCAGCAUAAUUGCUUUUAAUGAAGAGGCUUAUCUAUUUUCAUCAUCAAUGGAGUUGGCAAACGAUGAAGUGAUUGAAAAUGCCACAAAUUGGAUUAACGUAAAUUUUGUUGCAGGGGGUGGUACUGACAUUUUACUUCCUCUAAACAAGGCAAUGGAGAUGUUAUCUAAUACCCCUGGUUCAAUUCCUAUCGUUUUCCUUGUUACUGAUGGGUCUGUUGAAAAUGAGAGACAGAUUUGUCAUGUGAUCAGAAGUUGUCUAAAAGAUCAAGGAUCAAUCUCUCCACGUAUAUACACUUUUGGCAUAGGUUCAUUUUGUAAUCAUUAUUUCCUGCGAAUGCUUGCCACAAUGGGCAAAGGCCAAUUUGAUGCUGCUUAUGACGAAGAUUCAGUCGAGGUUCGGAUGAGAAGUCUAAUCACCAAGGCUUCAUCUUCCAUUCUUGCAAAUAUAACGAUUGAUAAUCUAGAUGAUCUUGAUGAACUUGAGGUGUAUCCUUCCUGUAUUCCAGACCUUUUAUCUGAAAGCCCAUUGACACUGUUAGGCAGAUAUCGUGGAAAUUUUCCUUCCAGCCUUAAAGCUAGAGGUAUCACUGCAGAUUUGAACAGUUUGGUCAUAGACUUGAAGGUAGACAAGGCGAAGGAUGUACCUCUUGACAGGGUGUUUGCCAAGCAACAGAUUAAUCUACUCACUACUCAGGCGUGGUUUUCAGAAAAUAGACAGCUGGAGGAGAAGGUUGCAAAAAUUAGCAUAGAGACUGGUAUUGUAUCCGAGUAUACCCGCAUGAUCUUGCUCCAAGCUGAAAGAGGGAAGAAAGCCACAGAAGUAGCUGGAGUGCGGGAGGUACCCAAAAAUAAAAAGUUGGUCGACUCCAAAGGCCAGAAACUGAUACUGCUUCCAAGUCUCGGCAUCGGCUUUGGCAAUUUGAUUGCAACUGCCGAAAACAUUCGUCCAGGGAGCCAAAAAGAAAAAUUGCCCGAGGCUGCAGAGAUUUUUGUUAAGGCAACCUCCAAUUUCUGUGGGAAGAUGUGUAGUUACUGCUGCUGCAUGUGUUGCAUCGAGGCUUGUUCAAAGAUAAAUAAUCAAUGUGCAAUUGCACUAACUCAGCUCUGCACUGCUCUUGCAUGUUUUGGCUGCUUUGAGUGUUGUUCAGAUCUGUGCUGCUGUGGCCAUGAUCGAUGAUAAGGGUUAUAAUUAGGUUUUUCUGUUGUAUGUUGUUCUACAAUACAGAUGUUAAAAUUUCAAUAGCAUUAUCUGUUCAUAUAUAUUGUUUACAAUAUAAAUGAAAAAGCUUCUAAUAAAAGAAUUUCAUUUGCUUUC